AUGCGCGCCCACCGCCUCCCGGUCCUCCUCCUGCAGGCAGGGUGGGCCCUGCUCCAGGCGGACUCCGGCGCCGCGACGGUGGCCACCGCGCCCCUAUGGACUCAAGGGCAGCCCUCCUCGCCGUCCCCUCUGGCAUACAUGCUGAGCCUCUACCGCGACCCGCUGCCCCGGGCAGACAUCAUCCGCAGCCUGCAGGCGCAAGAUGUGGAGGUAGAUGGAAAGAACUGGACCUUCGCUUUUGACUUCUCCUUCCUGAGCCAGCAAGAGGAUCUGGCAUGGGCUGAGCUCCGGCUGCAGCUGGCCAGCUCAAUGGACCUCCCUGCUGAGGGCCUGCUCACUAUUCAGAUUUUCCACCAGCCUAAGCCGGACACAGAGCAGCACCCAGCCACCUGUCCAGAGCGUCUUCAGAUGGAGCUGUUCACUGUCACGCUGUCCCAGGUUACCUUUUCCUCAGGAAGCAUGGUCCUGGAGGUGACCAGGCCGCUCUCCAAAUGGCUAAGGGACCCUGGGGCACUGGAGGAACAGAUGUCCGGUGUGGCCAGAGAGUGCCGGCAGCGCUCCCCUAGCCUACCUGUCACUGUCACUGUCACCGACGUGAUCCUCAUGCUCUACUCCAACCUGUCCAGGGAGCAAAGGCGGCUGGGUGGUGCCACUCUGCUGUGGGAAGCUGAGAGCUCCUGGAGAGCCCAGGAGGGACAGCUGUCCCAGGAGAAGGCCAGGAGGCACCGUCGGCAUCACUUGCCAGACAGAAGCCGGCUGUGUCGCAAGGUCAAGUUCCAGGUUGACUUCAACCUGAUUGGAUGGGGCUCCUGGAUCAUCUACCCUAAGCAGUACAAUGCCUAUCGCUGUGAGGGCGAGUGUCCCAACCCUGUGGGUGAGGAGUUCCACCCCACCAACCACGCAUACAUCCAGAGUCUGCUGAAACGCUACCAGCCCCACCGAGUCCCUUCCACCUGCUGUGCGCCGGUAAAGACCAAGCCACUGAGCAUGCUGUAUGUGGACAACGGCAGGGUGCUCCUAGAGCACCACAAAGACAUGAUCGUGGAGGAGUGUGGCUGCCUUUGACGGAUCCUGGGGGAACGCCACUAGUUUGGGAAGCUCCCAGGAGACGUGGUAGCAUCUAUCCAGGGAGGAGAAACAGGGGAGAAGCAGCUCUGCAGGCCAAUGCCAAGGAGGAAGGGCUGCCACUCUGUAGGGAAGGGCUCUGCUGGGUCCGCCAAGCCCACAAGCACCCCAGGAAGAAGGGGCAGGAGGAAGCUGGCUGGGCUUGCCGAGCUUCCCCCUCACUGAGGACCGUGGGGAGCAAAAGCACAAGUGCAAGAGUUCUUUACCUGCUUUUUUUUUUUUUUUUUCUGAUUUUUUUUCAAACUUGAAAUUGUGUGCAAACGUUGGGGCAUAUGUGCAUUUAUUUUUGAGGUGAGGCAAAGCCAUCUGCUGUUUUUGUGUAUUCUUAAAAGUGGUCUGUGACACGCUGUCUCUUCCCCCAGUGUAAGCAUCAUUUUAUGAGAUCAAAACCUAGCCCUCUGGCUGUUGUUGCCUGGGGCUGGGUUAACUGAGGCCCCUGCAUGUUUCUUCCUGGCCAGGGACAAUCUGUUGUCCCUGUCCAGAGGCUCCCUGGAGGGGUCUCUGCUAAUGAAUCAUAUGAACAAUAAAGUCACUGCCUACUUCUCCUAGGGCAACUGGUGCCUUUGACAGGAGAGGAAGGAACUUGUCCAAGAGGACUGGUCACACUGGAUUACAUAUGCUGGGGCUUUCAGCUGUCCCCAAGUCAGUCUGCUUGGCAGACACAACCCAAAUCUAUUAAAUGUGGUGACAAUUGA